CAGGACCUACCUCUGCCCAGAUGUUCAGGAAAGCUGGAAGCACCAUAUCUUCCCCUGCAAGAGGGGGUGCUCCCAAGAACUAAGGCCUGUCCCCACAGCACCUGACUUGACACCUGGUUCGAAGAAGACUCUGCAAGAGUUUGUUUGUUGCAUGCCUGACAGAUCCAAGAAAGCCUGUCGUGUCUGCUCAUCUGUACCUAGAAAGCAGGGACAAACUGUCUCCAAACAGCCUAUGGACUGUCAGGUUCCACCCUGUAAGCUGGAUCUAUGGAGAGGCCCCUCACAAUCCUGCAGGUGAGCCUGUACCACCCUACACAGGGCCCGGUUGCCUUUGCCCAAGUCCCACUGCAGCUGCAACAUGAUGUCAACCGGCUGCUGGUCGGGCGAGGGCAGGACACCCACCUCCAGCUGCAGCUGCCACAGUUGUCUCGACACCAUUUGUCCUUGGAGCCCUACCUGGAGAAAGGCAGCAGUCUGCUGGCCUUCUGCCUCAAGGUGCUGACCCGCAAGAGUUGUGUGUGGGUCAACGGGCUGCCACUGAGGUACCUGGAGCAGGUUCCCCUGCACACCGUCAACAGAAUCUCCUUCUCCGGCAUCCAGAUGCUAGUCCGCAAAGAGGGGGGCACCUCCCUUGAGGCCUUUGUCUGCUACUUUCAUCUCAGCCCUUCACCCCUGAUUUACAGACCCAAGGCUCAGGAGACAGACGAACAAAUGGGAAAACACUGUUAAGAAAGAGACGCCCCUGUUUUGGGGGAGGCAACUCGUGAACUCCUGGGGUCUCUCCAUGGUCCCUCCCAGUCUCAGACAGCUGCUUCCCUGCCAAGCCCGGGAGAAGCAAUAGAAACAAAGUUGCAGAAGAAGCUCCCAGACAAUGUACCCCACCAUCCCUGCUGAGAGCAAGGUUUGAACAGGGUUUGACGUAGUUGAGCUACAUCCUGCAAGGCUGACACACCUUUCACAUGUAAAGCUGCUGGCCGCCAUGUUCACAGGGAGCUGAUUCAGUAAACUUUGAGCAGCCUAGGGGUGGAGAAGUGCCUCCCAUGGCUCUGGGUAAUGGGAACUUCAUAUACUUUUAGAGGCCCUGAGGGAUUCUGGGAGCCUCUCCCAGCAUUCUGUGCCCCCCUCCCCAUUUCCUCCUUCGUCUGGCUAGGAGUUACUUUACGUCCCUCAUCUCCCACGCUGCCUCAGGGCAGGAGCAUGGGGUUGCGGCAGGAAUGCAAGGACACGGGGAGAAAUUCUGUUAGUGGUAGCUUGGGGUUACUUUCAGCUUUCAAAUACCCACAGGCGCUCAGGGCUUAGGAGAGCCUGUGUUUAAUAAACUAAAAGUAUUUCAUUACGCUGGCAUGCCCACUGGAUUCCCCGAAGCCCAGAUGGGCCACAUGUAUACCAUGUUGCCAUGGGGCUGGGGGUGGGUGGGAGAUGGGAAACCUGGGUGAGGUGUGAGAGGAAAUUGGGAAGGUAGGUAGGUGCUUAUAUUUCUGGAAAGGUUGCAAGCAGAGCUCCAGGCUUCUGGCAGGGGAGCUAGAAGCUAGGACUGCUUGGGGAUUUCUUGUCCUCCUCUCUUCUUCUUCCUCUCUGCCCUCUUCUUGUUCCAUCUCCUCUCCUCCCAUCCUCUGUCCCUUCUGGGCAAGAGCCUUGGUUGACCAGAGGGCAAAGUUCUUCAGGGAAAGAUAGUUUUCUAGAGAAGUGGGCUCUUUCAGAACUAAUUUCUGUGAUUGGGGUGCAAGGUUGUGCAAGAAGUCAACCCAGCAGUUACCUCACUCAGAGUAAGUCAGAUGCCAGUGGUAGCGGUGGCAUGGGGGAGAGGUGUGCCUAUCCUUCCUGAACGCGGAUUGGGCGGUGAUGGUGGGUUGUUAAGAGGCCAAGGAGGCAAGGAUGGGAGAAUUUUCUCAGGAAGAAGGGAGCAGAAGGCUAACAAGGCUAGUGUCUACUCAUGUGAUAGCAGGAGAGUCCCACAGACUCUGCUAACCACCAUAACCCCGGAUCCUGCACUAGCGCAUCCCAAACACUGACGGGACAGUGCUGCCAGCAGACUGAUCCAUAUCCCCCAUGCCUGGGACACCAUUGCCAUUUACCAGCCUGUCCCCCUUUGUGCCCAAAUCCUGGGUCAAGGGAUCAGUACUGCUCCCCAGCUGCGCACAUCUUCCCCAUAAGGAAAGUAAUACUAGACAGGACACGUGUGUGGUUGGGAAGUCCCUCCUCCUACAGAAUAUGGAUUGAGUACAUUCAGAUCACAGAUACGAGACCAAGGAGGAUGUGUGUCUACCUGGCACAGUGCUGGCCAUGCUGUGAAUGGCCAGGCAAGACUCCCAACGCAGUUUCUCCCUCAUUUGUCCAUGAACUUAUACCAAAUGCUCACCUCAUGCCAAAUGUGUGCCAAGUCUCAGGAUCCAGGAAUAAACAAAGCC